UUGAAGGAAGUUACCUUCGGAUAAACAGUCAAGUGUUGGGCUUGUGUUUUGGAUUAUUAGUGUCACGGAUAAAAUGUGACAUUUCUGAUUAUAUAUUCACUAAAUCAAUAUAUGAAUAGUACUGUACGUAUAGUUUGUGAUAAUAUCGACUUUGUACUCCAUUGAUCGUGAAGAAUAUGCAGACAACUAUCCUGUUUCCCAAGGAGAAGCACAGCUGCUGGUGUCUUAACGAGUAAUCUUGUACAGCUCAGCAUGGAGACACCAAACACAAGGAAAACAAAGCCUGUGUUCUGCACGCCAGACAGCACCUUGAAUUCCACACCCCAUGGCCUCAGUGUCAAACAGCCGAUGAGUGCUUCACUGAAAGAAAGACUGAAAAGAACAAGGCGCUCUUUUCAUUCCCCAUUUACGGUGGCAAAACGGCUUAAAAUAGAUCCACCCGAGGCAGAGGACGACUCGAAGGUGCAGGAAGUGUCUCCAAAGUCCGAACGUGACCUGGACAGUGCCGGCGGGAACACAGUCAGCAUUAAUAAAGGGAGGCCUUGGGAGAGCCCGGAGGUGACCGAUACUUCCAGACAGUGGGAUGUGUGCAGAACCGGCACAGAGAGUGGAAACGAAGCAGCACAGAGCAGUUCCUCCAGAGAAAGAGCUGAUCCUCCCGCACAGAUAGAUCUGCUUCAGCUGAGAGACAGGCUAAAGAAAGAAGUCGGAGAAAAGGAGGAAAUGCUGCGGAGACUGAAGAUGGUUAGAAUGUACAGAACAAAGAAUGACCUGGAUAAGCUACAGUUUCUAAUCAACAAGUGGAGAGGCAGCAGCCAGGCAGUACUAUAUGAGCUAAAGUCAGCCUUCUGCACUGAUGGGAGACAGCUUAGUCUCACACAGCUUAUAGAUCACUAUGGGCUGGAUGACCGCAUUCUGCACUACAACAGGACAGAGGAAGAGUUCUCAGACCAAUAAACUUUACAAAAUGGAACAAUUUUUUUCUCCUGAAAUGUUCACUUAACAGUUUUCUUGUACUUUACAUGAACGUUAACUCUCUUUAAAGAGUCUGGUUUCUCAAUUCUGUGAAAAAAACAGAUGGUUUUGAGAUUGAUCCUAUAUUUUUCAAUGUUUUGUUGACUGAUUAGUUCCACUAAAUCUUUAAAGACAGGACACUAUAGUAACGUUUAUAUGCUGAUCAAGUCUACUUCAGUUUGUUAUAAUGUAGGCAGUGUUGUUGAAAUUAAAUCUUGUCUUCCUUAAAUCAAUAUUUAUUUAUUUUUUUGAGAAGUUAAUAAAUACAGUACUUCAUUGUGUACCUUCAGUCUUUAUUCGUAGAAGUACCCAUCUCAUGCCCUUUAAGAUAUAAUACGAUUGUUAAAGCAGUCAGUUACAAUUAAGAUUAGCUUUAGGCCAUAGGUUUUUUACACAAAAAAACUAUUGACGUGUUUAAUAUGUCUAUGUAUUUUAUGAAAAAAAUGUAAUUGAAGUGUUUGGCUUUAAUGGAUGGGACUGUGCUGAUGCUGUGAGUUCUAGUAAAGCAGUGGUGUAAAAA